CUGAAAACGCCCGAGUCCCGCGCGACCGCGGUCAUGUCGCUGGCGGACGAGUUCGGCGCCGGGCCAUCGUCGCGGCCUUACGCGGCCGGGCUGUACGCGGCGUACCAGAGCGGAGGGCCGGCCGGCGGCGCCCUGGGCGCCGAGGGCGAGCCAUCCGCCUUCCGGCCCGUGAUGGCCGGCCGCACCGCCGCCAAGCCGGCGCAGCACCCGAGCGCCGCGCCCGGCAACAAGUUCGCCGAGUACCCGGGCCUGGUGGGCCCGUUCGGCGGGCCGGCGCUGAUGGGCCCGUUCGGCGGCCCGUCGCCGGUGCUCGGGCCACUGCCGCUCGGCUCGCUCACGUCGCACAUUCUGCCGGGCGUGUUCGACCGGCGCUACGUGCGCAUCCCGGGCCGCGCCAGCCGGCCGCGAAAGCAGUUCAUCUGCAAGUUCUGCAACCGGCAGUUCAGCAAGAGCUACAACCUGCUGAUCCACGAGCGCACGCACACGGACGAGCGGCCGUACCCGUGCGACAUCUGCGGCAAGGCGUUCCGGCGCCAGGACCACCUGCGCGAUCACAAGUACAUCCACAGCAAGGAGAAACCCUUCCGAUGUUCAGAGUGCGGCAAGGGCUUCUGUCAGUCGAGAACUCUCGCUGUGCACAAGAUCCUACACUUGGAGGAGUCGCCCCACAAGUGCCCUACGUGCGGCAAGUCCUUCAACCAGCGAUCCAACCUGAAGACCCAUCUGCUGACUCACACGGACCUAAAGCCGUACGAGUGCCAGGUUUGCGGCAAAGUUUUCAGGCGCAACUGUGACCUUCGCCGCCACUCUCUGACCCACUCGCUGGGCGACGCCGGGCUGGCCGAGGAGGCGCCGGCCGGGCCGAGCACGAUGGCCGCGCCGGCCGCCGGCCCCAGCCGCCGGCCCGCCUCGCCCGCGCCCGACGACGACGACGACGACGAGGCGCCGGCCGAGGACGAGUGCAGUGACGUGGACGUGGUGGGCUCGUCCGGCGACGAGCACCCGCCGCUGGGCGCUGUGAUAGGCGCCGCGGCGCGCGCGCGACCCUCGCGCGACGCCGUCAUCCGGGACGGCGCCCACGUCAGCGUGCCGCCGAUGCGACCGGCGCGGCCGGCGCCCACCAACCGGCCCACCGGCUUCAGCAUAGAGGACAUCAUGAAGCGAUGAGCGCAGCGGCGACGUGCGGCGGUGCCGCUUCGUCGGCGAGGACCGCGCCCAUUCGGUGAUACCUGCGCGCGGGUGGGCGCCAGUUGUAGUGGUGCCGCCUGACGCCAGGCCGCUCCAGUGAUACCUGACUGCCCCGGGCGGGCACGACAUCUCUUGCUGCUGUGCUGGUGGUGUUUAGGGCGGGGUACGGGCAUCGGCGCCCGCCUCGUCCCUGGUCGGGACUGGCCGGCGCUCCGGGCUCCGCGACCGGCGCCGAGCGGCGACCGGCGAGCCCGCGGGGCGCGCGUGGCUGUGGAUGCUCGCGGCGUGUGUCUGUGAUGAUCUGAGUGGGUGCGGGACGAGUGACCGCCGGCCGGGCCGGGAGCCCGGGCCGAUGACUGCUGCUCGGGCACCGCCGUCGCCGGGCGGCGCGCUGCGUCAGGCCGGAGGGCCGCUGGUGGAGACGCUCGGGCGGGUGGGACCCCGGGACGCUGGCCCUCCAGCUGCCAGCUGGUCCCGGCUCGAGGGGGAUGAUCUCCGGUUGAUAUUGCUCGAGGGCCGAAUGCCUCCGCCGUGCCGUCGUGGACGGGCGGCGGAGGAGAGCUGGCGCCGGCGACACGGCUGUGUCAGCCCUGCUGUCGGCUCCGCUUAACGUUUGUCGUUUGAGAAUGCCACGCGUAGGCUGUUGUGCGUCUGUGGGACUGCCGGUUAUUGUUAGUGUGACUUAUUUUAAUAAGUGAUUAUCAGUGAUGAUGUUCUGAUAUCAGGCCACAGUGCUGGCAAGGCUGCGCUUUCUGUUUGGUUUCCCACAUAAAUAUUUAGCUGCGUUUGCUUCUGACGGUGCCAAAAACGUCAUGCUAAUACGUACUGGGUAUUUGUUUGCCUGUGACGGUUGGAUAUCUCUAUAUAACUGCCUGGGCGAACUGGGCCAUAAACGAUGCGUCAACUGGCGAUUGUAAAUAAACUUAGCUGACUGUC